CGAGAGAGGAGCCUAGCUGCAGUACACGCCUCAUACACGACGAGUACGUUUGCUUUCAGGCCAAUCGCGUUAACAUCGACUGCCAUCCCGAGAUGGUUUCUUCCUAAAUGUUUUUAUGCGUCCAUUUGGCUUCGUCGUCAAAAACACUGCGCGUCUCGAGCAUAGGUGAGGCCUUUUCCUCCACGCGCGGGCGGCGCAUGCGCCAUGAAAGCAAGGCAGCACGACGGCGUGGUGUGUGUCAAGACACGGCCGAGUGAAAAACGCAAAUGCCCCGACUGGUUGUCGUCAAGGGUGAGUGUCCCCCUUCGCGCUGAUGCACGGGAAACACUGCGGCAGUGGAGAGAAGAGAACGACAGGAGGUCGGAAGAGACGGUCGAGUUGUGGCACAGCGUGAUCGCCAAGAAUAUUAAAAAGCUGGGUGACGAAAAAUGGGUUGUCUACGAACAAGUGUGCAUAGCGGCGUUAGAUUGCCACGAAAUGGCCCUCGCAAAGGAGUGUUUGAACAAAUUGGACGAAGAGUUUCCUGGGAGUUUACGAGUGAAGAAGCUGGAAGCACUUGAAAAGUACGACGAGGCAUUUGAACAGUAUGAUGCACUGCUGGCUCAGGAUGAGGCAAACUCUGCAGUGCACAAGCGACGCGUGGCAGUGCUGCUGUCACAGCAGAUGGUUGGGGAAGCGGUGCGUGAGCUGAGCGACUACUUGCGCCGCUUCAUGGGUGACCAGGAGGCCUGGCUGCAGCUGUGUGGGCUGUAUCUACGAGAGCAGGACCUUGCCCGUGCUGCCUUCUGCCUCGAGGAGCUUAUCCUUUGCAAUCCGCACAACCACCUCUACUACCAGCGCUAUGCAGAGAUUCAGUACACAAUAGGAAACAUGGAAACAAUGGAGCUGGCAAGGUCGUACUUUGCACAAGCAGUCAAGCUGAAUCCAAACAACAUUCGAGCACUCUACGGACUAUUCUUGGCUGCCAGUCACAUUGGCUCUCACCCCAAGAGUUCUGUACAGAAGAAAAAGGACAACCAGCGAUACGCAGCUUGGGCAUCUCAACAAAUCACAAAAAAGUACCAAGAGAGACAGUGUGAAGACUCCCAAGUGAAGCUGCUAGAAGGCAUGCUGACUACCCUACAGAUAAACUGAGGACUUCCCCUUGGCCCAUGCUCCUGCUUGCUUCUUGUAAACCAUGUAUUUAUACGGAGGAAAAAAAAAUUAUGUUUGCAUCAACUCCUACCAAGCCUUUUUGUUGCUUCUUGUGCUGUUGCACAUGUGUGGUGGUUCGUAACUUUUUUAUGAUUGUGUAAAUAUCAAAGGAUACGGACAGCAUAUUCAUGUGCAUUUCUUUGUAAAAGGUCAGAAUGUACAGUGCAAUCAUUGUGAAAGCACUAGCAUUUUUACAGUUUAGUAUUACAGUUUAGUAUGUAAAGAUGUAAUCCUUAUGCCCCUCUUCCUGAAAUAAUUUUUGCUAUUGAAAAAUGCAAGAAAAACAAACUACACAUUAUUAAACUCCAUCUUUCGUCUUAAGUGAAGGCGGCAGUUCCCUUG